AUGGAUACUCCACAUAGCUUCGAGGAUCUCAGCAUUCCUACACAUUCAAGCCCUACCACCACCCUACGCUGCUGCUGUGGCCGCAAUGACUGUGCUUUACUCGAGCAUAACAAUGUAGCUCUCGAGGGUCUGGAAAAGGAUCUAGAGACUGCUGCUAGACUAGGCCAGGCCUUGCUACACCGCCAUGAAAGCUAUAUGGCUGAAGCGGAAGAGGACCGCCAUCGGUUGGUCGGCAGCAUUGACGAUCUAGAACGCGAAAAGCAACAAGUUCAAGCUGAAAAUGCGCGCAUCAUCGAAGAGAACCGCAGUUUGUUAGAGCAACUUGACAGUUUGAACCAAGCGGUGGCUGAGUCUGACAAUCAUGUCAAAUCUCUAACGAGGACUUUGGAAAAUACGGAGUUUGAGUUGCGGAGAUUGACAGCAGCUGCAACACGUGCCGCAGAGCUCGAGGCGCAAUUAGCUCUCAUGGAGACAGAGCAGUCUAAGCUCCAAGAGAGCCUUGUGUCAGUGCAUGAAGACGAGAAAUCGGCCGUCCAACGGUGGAGACAGGCAGAGAACACCCUACGAGACCUUCAUGAUCAAGUCGACCGCAUCGAGAAAGAGGCGCGUGAGGAGAGGGAUCGACAUUCAGAGCUCGUCCAACGCAUGGAACGCAAGAGAGCCGUCGAGCGCGAGCUGGACAAUGCAGCGGGACGUCUCAAGGGUGCCGCUGCUACCUCUGGACUAAAUCGCAACGCCAGUGGUGGUACCACCGUGGUCUCCCGCUUCGUCAAGGACAUCUUGCAAGACAACGCCAAUCUGCAAGUUGGGAUCAUGGAGCUACGCGACAUGCUUCAGAGCUCGAAUGAAGAAGUGCAGAAUUUACGGGAACAGGUUAUCUCUCAUCAGCCGCUGGCCGGCGUCGAUGAGGACGACAGUGUACAUCCAAGGCCUUCCACUACGUUAAGCGAGGAGCUACAAGCGAAGGAAGAACGACGCGUUUCUCAGGAACUCCACAUCCAUCAUCAUUACCACACUCCAACUCCAACGCUAGCUACCAAGAAGGAGAAAGGCACCCUCAACCGUCGCGUGAAGAAACGCCGCCCCGCUCUGGGCAGCCCGGUAGUAAUGCACUCUGCGACGCGGGCACAUUCGCCCCGAAGAGCCCUUCAUCGCUCCCAGUCAUCUGGGUCCUCCAUGUCAACUAUUCUGUCGCAAACCUCUGUCUCCAUUCCACCUCAUUCAUCCUCCCACCGCUGGUCCUUGCAAUCACAUGCUCCAGACUCGCUAGCAAGCUCUCCUCGAUCCGCGUUCCGGACGUCAUCGAUAUUUGAUCGUGUUGAACGCGGCGCUGAUUUCUCUGAGCCCACCAGCCCUGAAAGCACCGUGUUCUCUUCGCCGUUGAUGCAGGCACGGAACCUGAAGGGCCUUGAUUUGCCCUUCCGGCCAAUCGGUGGCUUUGAUAACCACGAAGCACCUGACGACCUAUCUGCAUUUGAAGAUGAUUUCUACAACCGCCAAGACUUCUCGAACACCGGGGAUAAUGUCACAAGAGAGCCUAUCCCAGAAGAAUCCGAACCAUCUCCAUCGGUGGCAUACUUCCCGCCUAUGGGUGAGCCACUGACGACCACCCAAGAUGACAUCUUUACCAUGCAUGUACAGUCUUCAUCCUUGCGCAGAUCUUCUUCCCAUGACAGCUUGCUCUCCGUCUCCGUUGCUGGAAUGGAUAUUCAUACACCCACCAGUCGCCACAAGCGAAUGGGCGACUGGCAUCCCGGCAUGCGGAUUCCUCGGCGUAUCUUGUCACCCAGUGUCGAAUUAGUGUCAACACCCCCGGUUAUCUCAGCCCCGGCCAUCACAGCCGAUCGUGCAAAAAGCUCAGAGCACACAUCCCAGUCAUUGCUUGCUUGCAUGGCUGCGGGAAAUCCCACGAAGUCCGACACAGCAUCUAUUGUAUCCGCGGACAGCACCAGCACCGGCUCAACCGCAGCCCUUGGGCCCCGCAAAACUACGACGUUGAGUCGCCGCAUGGGAGGCUGGGUCUUAGGCCGCUGGGGCAUGGCGCCUGUUUCAACCGAUAACGACUCGCAAGACCCGCCAAACUCGCCAAACACAUACCCAGGCGUGAACCAAAAGGGUCCGAUAAUGGGCCUACGGCCUCCCCCUCCUGCUCCGAUCUCCAUUCAUGCACAAAGCAUAGACGAAAACCUGCUACGAGAGAGUCUAGCCGAAGAGCAUAGCUAG